UCCAAACCUGGAAGGAUUUGAAGUAUUUGAAAAUGAAUACUCCCUAAAUAUACAUGCAGAUGAUAGGUGAAUGAUUCCUAGAACUAAAAGGAAUUGAAAGUUGUCCAAUUAACCAACACCAAUAUAUAUAUACGCACACAAUUCUUUUUCCAAUAAGAACCCAAAAUCUGAAUUCUUUCCCCUCCUCCUUCUUCAUCCCAAGAAGACCUGCUGGUUUACAGAGGCGAAUUCAAGAUUUGAAGUUUAUGAAUUUUUAUCCCAAGUUGAUAUUUUAAUAAUAACUGAGUUCACAAUCAAGCGUGUCCACCUGAUUUAUAGAAGCGGAUCAAGAAUUUGAAGUUUAUAGAUUUCUACGGUGAACUCAAGUUAAUAUUUUAAUAAUAUCACAAUCAGGAUCCUCCGGGUUUACAGAAGUGGAUUCAGGAUUUGAAGUUUGUAGAUUUCUACAGUGAAUUCAAGUUAAUAACUGAGUUCAUAUUCAAAUUAGACCUACUGUGGUUUAACAGGUUAAGAGUUGCUAUCCUCAAAGAGGAACAUAUUACAUGUAUGGAGAGGGAUAGAAAGAGAAGCAGCAGGGAAGAACAUUCAUGUGAUGGAAGAAUAAUAAAAAGAAGUGGACAUGAAAGUUCUACAAGGACACCAAGAACAUCUCAUGGUUUUCACUCCAAUACUAGUAGUAGUAGUAGACAUAAUUAUCAGCCUUCUCUAUGGGAUACUAUGGCUCCUUCUCCAACUCCAAUUAGGCCAUCAUCUGUAAGAUCUUCAACUUCUAGAUAUCCUGCAAAUCACAAUAAUUUUAGUACAAAAAAUACUAUGUAUGAUGAUGGAGAACAUAACACAAAUUGUUUCUCUGAAAUAGGUAGUACAUUGCCUAAUGAGGAUAAGAAAAAGGUAAGUAGGGAAAAAUAUUGGGAGGAUCAUCAGCUUUUGAGAUCCGGAGUUGUUAGAGGUACUGAGAUGCAAAUGGAGUUUAAUGAUGAGGAGGAACGGAAAGUUAUUCUUCGUGUUCAUGAUGCAAAGCCUCCCUUUUUGGAUGGGAGAAUUAUUUUCACUGAGAAAGUUGAGGCACCGAUUAUGCCAAUGAAGGAUCCUACGUCGGAUAUGGCGAUAAUUUCACGUAAAGGUUCAGCUCUUGUUAGGGAAAUACACGAAAAACAAAAGAUGCAUAAGUCUCGUCAAAGGUUUUGGGAGCUAGCUGGAUCGAAACUCGGAGAUAUCCUUGGUGUAGAGAAGAAGGAUGAUGCGGAUAAUGCUGUAGUGGGUGAGGAUGGUGAGGUUGAUUUUAAGGGAGAAGCCAGAUUUUCUCAGCACUUAAGCGAUUUUACAAAAUCGAAAACACUUUCACAGCAAAGGCAAUAUCUGCCUAUCUUCGCUGUGCGAGAUGAGUUAUUGCAGGUGGUUCGUGAAAAUCAGGUGGUGGUAAUUAUUGGAGAAACCGGUUCUGGAAAGACAACACAGCUAACACAGUACCUGCAUGAAGACGGCUAUACAGUUAAUAAUGGGAUCAUAGGUUGCACCCAACUGAGGCGUGUGGCAGCAAUGAGUGUUGCCAAAAGAGUCAGUGAGGAAAUGGAAACUGAGAUUGGUGAUAAAGUUGGAUAUGCUAUUCGUUUCGAAGAUGCUACUGGGCCAAGUACUGUAAUCAAGUACAUGACUGAUGGUGUGCUUUUAAGGGAAACGCUUAAAGAUCCCGAUCUUGAAAAGUAUCGUAUAAUUGUAAUGGAUGAAGCUCACGAGAGAUCACUUAACACCGAUGUCCUUUUUGGCAUUCUCAAGAAAGUUGUGGCUAGGCGGCGUGAUUUUAAGCUUAUUGUCACUUCUGCCACUCUCAAUGCCGAGAAAUUCUCUAACUUCUUUGGGGGUGUACCAAUUUUUCACAUACCUGGAAGACCCUUUCCAGUUCAAAUAUCUUAUAGUAAAACCCCAUGUGAGGACUAUGUCGAAGCUGCAGUUAAGCAAGCCAUGACCAUCCAUAUUACUGGUGCACCAGGAGAUAUACUCAUAUUCUUGACUGGUCAGGAUGAGAUUGAAGCAACCUGUUAUGCACUUUCAGAGCGCAUGGAACAACUUACCUCAUCAAUAAAGCAACCAGUGCCCAAGCUAUUAAUUCUUCCUAUAUACUCUCAAUUGCCUGCUGAUCUGCAAGCAAAAGUUUUCCAGAAAGCUGAAUAUGGGCCUCGCAAAUGCAUUGUUGCUACUAAUAUUGCUGAGACAUCCUUGACCAUCGAUGGAAUUUUCCACGUUAUUGAUACAGGUUAUGGUAAAAUAAAGGUGUACAAUCCACGUACAGGCAUGGAUGCUUUGCAAGUGUUCCCCAUUAGUCGAGCUUCCGCGGACCAACGUGCUGGUCGAGCUGGUAGAACUGGCCCAGGGACUUGUUACCGACUUUAUACAGAGAAUGCAUAUGAGAAUGAGAUGCUACAAAGCCCCGUGCCAGAGAUUCAACGGACAAAUCUCGCAUAUGUGGUUUUGCUGCUCAAGUCUCUCAAUAUUCAGAACUUGUUGGAUUUUGAUUUUAUGGACCCACCUCCUCAGGAUAAUAUCCGUAACUCCAUGUAUCAGUUGUGGGUGCUGGGUGCACUUAACAAUGUUGGGGAUUUAACUGACCUUGGCCGGAAAAUGGUGGAGUUCCCAUUGGACCCUCCCCUAGCCAAACUGCUCUUGAUGGGGGAACGACUAAAAUGCUUAAAUGAGGUUCUGACAAUUGUUUCUAUGCUGUCAGUGCCUUCGGUUUUCUUUAGACCUAAGGAUAGGGAAAAGGAAAGUGAUGCUGCUAGGGAAAAGUUUUUUGUCCCAGAAUCUGAUCACCUUACAUUGCUUAAUGUUUACCAACAAUGGAAAGCUAAUGAAUACAAGGGGGACUGGUGUAGUGACCACUUUUUACAGGUAAAAGGUCUGUGCAAGGCCAGGGAAAUAAGAUCCCAAUUGUUGGACUUACUCAAGACACUCAAAAUUCCGCUCACCUACUGUGGUCCUGAUUGGGAUGUUGUGCUGAAAGCAAUCUGUUCUGCAUACUUCCCUAAUGCAGCUAUGCUGAAGGGGAUUGGGGAAUACGUUAAUUGCAGGAAUGGAAUGCCUUGUAACCUGCAUCCCACAAGUGCUCUCUAUGGAUCGGGUUACACUCCUGAUUACGUGGUUUAUCAUGAGGUAAUCUUGACGACAAAGGAGUACAUGCAGUGUGUGACAGCUGUGGAGCCUCAGUGGUUGGCAGAGCUGGGGCCAAUGUUUUUCUCCGUGUAAGAUUAUGAUACGUCAAUGCUAGAAC